CCUAGUGCCUCCUCUCCACACCGCAUGUAUUUAACGAGAGGAUGUUGUUGACCUGUGAGAAAUGCCUGUGUUGCGUGUUGUUAGAUUCGUUCAGUAAGUGGGUGGUGUUAGUUAUUUCAGUUGGUUCUACUUUUGAAGUGUGUUUGUUUUCUUCCACAGGCCAGCAUGUGAGAGGAAUGGAUAAUGAGAGUGAGAAGUGGGCCAGAGUUCUGUGGGACUACCUUUGUUUGCGGCAACCUCUGGAAAAGAGUGAUGUCAUAAUUGGACUUGGUUGCCAUGACGUGCGUGUGGCGGAGAGGUCAGCUGUCCUCUUCCUAGAGGGAUGGGCUCCUUGGUUGCUUUUCACAGGCUACCUAGGCAACCAGACUGCUGGUGUGUGGACAAGGCCAGAGGCUGAUGUGUUCUUAGAUGUGGCUCUAAAGAUGGGGGUUCCCAGGGAGAACAUACUGCUGGAGACUGAGGCCACCAACACCGGAGAGAACAUACGCUUCUCCUACAGACUGCUCAAGGAGAAUAACAUCCCAGGUUAGACUCUGCUCGUUAUAGAUAUGAAGAAACUAUGGGUAUAUCUCCGGUCCUCGAGUAUUCCAAACAGCACACAAUUUUGUUG